AUGACAGCAGAGGAUGGUGCAACCAACAGCGAAGAGGAAGAAACGGCUGAUAAUGCUUUAUUGACUUUUGGUCUACCAUCGAAUUAUCUACCUGGAAUGGAUCUACCAAGCAAACGCGUGCUAAAAGCCCAAACAACUAUCGACAUGAUUAUGCGGUCUCUGCUGGAUGUUUCGAACGGCACCUAUUGUAGCUCGGGCACCGAAUGGAAUAACGGCAUGCGAUGCGAUGUCCUUUAUACACCACGAUUGAGCAUUCACACUUCAUUGCCACCUGUCUUGAUUGAAGUCCAACGAAAGAUAAACGAUGCAUUUAUCAGAAGAAUCAUCCAGUAUUGCUUGAGCGUUACCAACAUUUACCCAAACCACCCGUUGCCUAUUGUUUUGAUCUUUUGUGUCGACAAGGCUUCAGCUCGAAACCUUUCGACAAAGUUCGAGUCUUGUGAUGAGAAGCCUUGGCUUAAGCAGUUUCCAUGCACUGGAUGGGCCACCAAUUGUUAUCUUGUAUCGAACGACGCCCCUGAUGAUGACCGUAUUCUCGAUCCACUACACGCCGUAUCAUUGUUUUUCUCAGAGCAACAACCCGCUUUACACUCGCACUCGCACGCACACGAUAGCACCAUCAAGAGUUUAUACAAGCUCAUUAUGACGUUAUGUGAGGAGGAUGAGACCUACAAAGACAAUUUUCUAAAGACGAUCAACGAUGUUUGUGACACGCAUGAAACGCUCUACCAUCGCAUAUAUGACGCGAUCAAAGAUAUCCCAGGAACACGCAAAGCAUGCAAGAUCGUUGAACGUGCACGCCAAUACAACACCAAAGUGAAGCGAAAAUUCAGCAUGGUUGAGACUGAUAGCGAUUCAUCAUUGGAACUUCCAGCAAAACUUCCCAUGGUAUCCAAAGCUACCGAAGCUUCUGCAACACCAGAGCAAGAAAUAGCCUUUAUUCGUCAUUAUCGCAAAAAUUUGAUUGGCAAGAUGAAUUGGAAUGAUUGCUUGACGCGGGGCCAUGCUGAAGGAUUGUUCAAGCGGUAUUCAACUGGCAACAGCUUGCGAGCUAACUUUGGAAGUCGUAUCAAGAAUCAAUAA